AUUCUAUUAUAUGGUUAAUGUUAUCUUUGAAUUUAAAUAAAUAAAUUGUAACAUAUAUAUUUUUAGUACAAUAAAAAUUAAUUUAGUAUGGAAAUAUCAAAAAUGAAUCCUACAGAAAAUAAGAAAAAUUUAUGGAAAUAUGUUGAUGAAGACAAAUAUCAGAGACAUGUUACAAUUUCUACUAUUGAUUCAACUACUGAAUCAUCAGAAGAGGCAGAUGAUAAAAUAGUUUAUAUGGAAGAUUUAGAAAAAAGAAAACAAGUAUAUGGAAUAUGUGGAGAAUGUAAUGAACCUGGCACAGGAGAAGAUUGGUGUCAACCUUGUAAUGCUAAAAGAUUUAAGGAUAACUUUAAAAAUUGGUCUAGUGGAAACAAAGAAGUUGAUGAAUUUAUACAACAAUCACAACUUAAUGCUGUACAUUAUAAAAAAUGUCUUGAAUGGAUACCUUUUGAAAAAUUUCAAAAUGUCACUUAUAUUGCAGAAGGUGGUUUUAGUAAGGUUUAUUCAGCAGAAUGGCCUGAAGGACAUAUUAAAUAUUGGGAUAUUGAAAAUCAAAAGUGGUAUAGAUUUAUUUAUAAAUAUGCAUUAAAAAGGUUGAAUAAUUCCCUUGAUAUAAGUUUAGAUUUUUUAAAUGAGAUUAAAUCUCAUCUUCAGAUUUAUCUUAAUGAUAUUGUUCAAUGUUAUGGAAUAACUCAAGAUCCAGAAACUAACGAAUAUAUGAUGGUUUUACAAUACUGUGAAGGUGGAAAUUUUAGAAAUAACUAUAUAAAUAAAGAAUUAGGCUAUUAUUCAAAAAUCGAUAAAUUACGACAAAUUGCAAGUGGACUUCUAGAUAUUCAUAAUUCUGGAAAGGUUCAUAAAGAUUUUCAUUCAGGCAAUAUAUUGUAUAUUGGUGAUUUACCAUAUAUAAGUGAUUUUGGAAUGUGUCAACCAGCAAAUAUAAAGCAAUCAGUUAAUCAAAAAAGUGUUUAUGGAGUAUUACCUUAUAUGGCACCAGAAGUUUUACGUGGAUAUCAAUAUACAAAAGCAUCUGAUAUUUAUUCAUUUGGAAUUAUGAUGAAUGAAUAUAUAUCUGAAGAAACUCCUUAUAAUAAUAUAGCUCAUGAUAAUGGUUUAGCUAUUAAAAUAUGUGAAGGACUUAAACCAAGUAUUUUUAAGUAUACACCAAAAUUACUUGCAGAUUUGAUUACUAAAUGUUGGGAUGCUGAAGAAAUAAAUAGACCAACUGCUAAAGAAUUAUAUCAAACAUUAAAUGAAUGGAAUAAUGAUGAGUAUGAAGAUAGUGAUCAAGUAAAUGAAUAUAAUGAUAAAAUCAAAUUAAACAGAACAAGUGAAAAAAGAUAUAAUAAUAUUCCAAAACAUCCACAAGCAAUCUAUACUAGUAGACUUUUAGAUUUCAAAAAUCUUCCAGAACCAGCAAAUUCAGCAUUUCUUACAGAAUGUUUGGAUAUCCAAUUUGAUGAAUUCGGUAAGAUAUUUACUUUUUUUUAUUUUAUAAUGUGUUAUUUUAUUUAUUUGUUUGUUUGUUUUAUAGAUUUUGAUAAAGGUGAAAUUAGUAUAAAAAAUUUUAAUGAUUAAUUAU